CCGUCAUCACCCCGCGCCCGCUGGGGGCGGCCCUGGCGGCGGCGCGGCGGGCAGGAUGGCGGCCGCCUCGCUGUGGAAGGGGCUGGUGGGGAUCGGCCUGUUCGCGCUGGCACACGCGGCAUUCUCGGCGGCACAGCAUCGAUCCUACAUGCGGCUGACGGAGAAGGAGGACGAGACGCUUCCCAUAGAUAUAGUUCUUCAGACUCUGUUAGCCUUUGCAGUUACCUGCUAUGGGAUAGUACAUAUCGCAGGAGAAUUUAAAGACAUGGAUGCCACUUCAGAACUAAAAAAUAAGACAUUUGACACGUUAAGGAACCAUCCAUCUUUUUACGUAUUUAAUCAUCGUGGUAGAGUAUUGUUCCAGUCCCCAGACACAGUGAAUUCUUCUUCAAACCAAGAUGCUUUGUCAUCCAGCUCCUCACUGAAAUAUAGAAAACUCGAACCUCUGCGCCGCUAAGACUUGGACAGAUUCUAACAGUACUCCAGGACGCUGAGCUGUAAUAUUGAAGUCGGGGAUGUAAACACUUGUUUUUUUAAUUUCUGGAGCAGUAUUUAUAUUGAUCUUCCAGACUUUAUAAAGUAUAUAUAUAUAUACAUAUAUAUAUAUAAAAAAACUAAGGACCUUCUUUGUACGCUGUUAAUGAAAUCGAAUUGGCAAUGCGGUGUAAAUUAUUCUACAGUUACGCUGUGAAACACAUCUUCAAACUUUCACAUACAACCAAAGCUGCAGGUAACUUAACUUCAGCUACAACAAAAACCAGGCUAGUUUGUCCCACCCUUACUGCUCUUUGUUAAGGGGGAGCGUUGCAGCGCUGUUUAUUCUCUCUGUUUGCUUGCACUACAGUUUAUAGAACUCCUUCAGAAAUACUGUGUGCGCUGCAUUGCUCACCGGCACUAUAAGGGCAGCGUUUCCUGUUCCUACAGCGCCACAGAGACCUGCGCGGUGUAGGUACAGGAAGCCAGAACGGCUGCAUUUGGUUUUAUGAUACCAGAGAGUAGUUUCGUGAAGGGUUUGGUUUGGGGCUUUUUUUUCCUCCCCCCUUAAUGGUUCAUUAUCACACGAUUUCCUUGUUGCCCACCUUUCUUUAAAAGCAAGCUGUCCCACGUUGCCCCCAUUUACCUGGGAUGUGGCUGUUCAGUUGGUGCCCACGUGGCAGAGGCAGCGCACUGCUGAUCACAUCCAUCAUCUGCUGUGCUCACUUUGCUCACCCAGUGCAUUUUCAUUCUGUGACUGUGAGUACAGACAGCUGAAUGGUGUGUUAGUGCCUCAGAACGGUACCAGCUCCCAUUUUCUGUGAGGUAUUUAAGUGUCAGUAAGCAGCAUCCCUUCUGUAAAGGUUACAAGGGCAAGGUCCAGCAGCUGUAUCUGUUUACUGGCAUUAAUACAGUACAGGUAUCCAGCUAAUUAUAGUGCAGUCCCCCCUUUUCUGUCUAAAGAGCCAUUAAAAUCAAUUUCUUUUUCUAGCUGAGCCCUUUGGUGAUUUAAAAUGACCGUCUUGAUUGCGUUUAUUAGGACAGAUGAUACAGUCCUAAACUACCGACUUCUAAAUUAUGAUCUCCUCUCUGGGGCUGAAUCAGUGCUAACGUUUUCCUUGGUCUGGCAUUUCAUUCCAGCAGCAGAACACUCUUCUCCCACCCACCUGGCACAGCAAGGAGAGGGCAGUGCGAGAUACUGUUGGGGCCAACUAGAACUUUGCAUAGUCUGAGGCUGGUGUCUCACUGCCUCUGUGCGAUGUCAGCCUUUUGUCCUAACACCUGUUUUUUAAACAGCUAAGAAACGUCAAAGGCAAAAAGCUUAGCAAAACUACUGUGUAAAGUGAUAGAAAGUAGAGCUCUUUCUAGCUCUCCCCAUCCUAUGGAUCGGGUGCCCCAGUGCUAGAGCAAUACCCGUAGCUGCUGCUCUACAAUCACCCUGAAACAUCUGGGUUUGGUAGGAAGGGGUUACUCUGCCAAUUAAAACCUUCAGUGUUCUGGUUCCCCCCCCUAGCUGGUGUCAGGGAGGGAAAAUGAGGCCGAAGGUCUGUAACCAAUGUACCAGACUGAUCCUGCAGCUGUGGUUGGCGGUGAGCCAUUGGGAGAGGGUAUCUUAGAGCAAGGCUGCUCACUUAUAUGUCUAAGAAGCCCCAUUCGUGCUCUGGUAAGGCUACGCAGGCCUGUCCAAGGUGGGUGGUGCUGCCAUCUGACAGUUCUAAGUCAUUCGUGGAGAAAAACAUCAGUUCCUCAGCUGUGAUUCGUGCUGGGAGCACCUUGUUGGCUGCACCAGGUCGCUGUGGUGUGACAAGUAGCCUUACUCUUCAGCAGCAAUGGUGUACAAAGCUGUACAAACUAUUUUUUCUUAUUGAUCUCGCAACGUCCAAUAAAAACUGAUAUCUUAAAAGCG